UUGUCUUCUAUUAAUCAAAUAACAAGCAUUUGGGCAGAAUAUUCGCUCCGGCCUCGUCAGACCCAAGUUUUCCCCGUAACCCUGGAUCCAAUCGUCGAGACAUAGCAUUAAUCCUCCGUUAUCCGCUCCUUCCGGUGGCCGGAGAGAUAAAUCUCGUCCCUAUCUGUAGAAGGAUAUAUUCUUACCUUCUUAUGGAGGGACCCUCUGGCGAUGGCUCGAGUGCUUCUACUGCUUUGGAGAAAUGGAAGUCCGAUUUCACCCGGAAGUUCCAGUACUACCUCGAUCGCUCAACCCCUCACCCCUUGGGAAGAUGGCUGGGGACGAUUGGCGUUGCUUCGAUCUAUCUAUUACGGGUUUAUUUGAUUCAGGGUUUUUACAUCAUCACCUACGGUUUGGGGAUCUAUCUGCUUAAUCUGCUGAUCGGGUUCCUAUCUCCGAUUGCGGAUCCGGAGAUUGAGGGCUUGGAUGGAGCGUCUCUUCCCACCAAAGGUUCAGAUGAGUUCAAGCCAUUUAUUCGUCGCCUUCCUGAAUUCAAGUUCUGGUACUCCAUAACAAAAGCCAUCUGCAUUGCAUUCGCUAUGACCUUCUUUUCUGUCUUCGAUGUUCCUGUGUUUUGGCCUAUUCUUCUAUGCUACUGGAUCGUUCUUUUCUUUUUAACCAUGAAACGACAGAUUAUGCACAUGAUCAAAUACAAGUAUAUCCCAUUCAGCUUGGGCAAGCAGAAGUAUACUGGGAAGAAGGCUCCAGCAAACAGCACUCAAUCGAAGUAUUGAUCUUGUGAAUGCUCUCUGGAGGCCAGAGGCAUGCCUCUUGUUUUAGGAUUCUGUCAUGCAAUGUGUACCUUAUUGUUUUGAUAUUUUUUAACGAAAACCCUGUCUUCUCAAUAUGCUUGCCUAAUAGGAAAGGCCAAAGCUCGAUAUA